CAUCAGAGUUCUUUUCAAAAAUUAAAACCCAAGAAAAAAUCUUGACAAUAUAUUUUGUAUAAUUUUAGGAAGUAGUAUUUAUUUUAGUUAUGAUAAGCUUGCAAAUUAGUAGUUCUCUCAGAGAUGUUGUAUCAGAAAGGCGAUUCCAAAAAGAUAUAACAAUUGCCAAUUUAAAGGGUAAGCUAGAGGUCAUUACAGGAGGGACGGCAUCUAUGAUGAACCUUGAAGUGUUCAACGGUGUGAACAAGCUAAUUUGUAAGCUAGAUGAUGAUUCUGCUCAACUUGGAUCCUACCCACUGGAGGAUAACAUGAGGAUACAUGUAAUCAACACAGAUCCAUCAAAAGUUCUUGGAGUAUUUGAUGAUGUCUCAAAAGUGGACAAGUUUGAAAUGGACCAAAGUGAAUAUGAAAAAAAGACAGAUUCUGUAUUAGCAUUCAAAAAACGUAACAAGCUAGGUCGGUUUGGUGACAAAGACCCACAAGAGCAAGAGAAGAAAGAAGAAAUGCAGCGAAAGGAAGAAGAGAAAGCAAAAACUAUAAGUGUUGACUCUCGUUGUCUGGUUACAAGAUCUGGUGUACCUGCAAGAAAGGGUGUUGUGAAGUUUGUUGGUAAUACAGAGUUUGCAGCAGGCUGGUGGAUUGGUGUGCAAUAUGAUGAACCGUUUGGCAAAAAUGAUGGAAGCGUAAAGGAAAAAAGAUAUUUUGAAUGUCCUCCAAAGUAUGGCGCCUUUGUGAAACCAUCUUGUGUUGAGACUGGUGACUUUCCAGAGGAUGACCUGGAUGAUGAUGAUGAAAUGUGAUGAGGAUGUAGAUGACAAAUAUAUAAAUAUUUAUUUCAAGAAUUUUAUACAAGAGAAAAGUUUACUGUAAAUUUUCCUCUAAAUGAACACAUAAAUUGGUAAACCUGUGUGGUUUUACCAUUUACACAUUCCGAUCAUUCCCUAUAAUUAACCAUAUAAUUACAAAGGCGAUAGAAUUUAAUCCAAUAGAUGAUAAAUGUAUUAAGUUAAGACAAAUUUUUCCACACAAAUACUUGGUUAUAACUUUAAUACAAUAUCUUGAAGUCAGAUCUAUGAACAAUAAUUUACACAUAUUUACAUUUUGCAGCAGCGUGGCCAGCCCUUAAGUGCAAA